AUGAUGCCUUUAAAGGAUCGCCGUGUUAUGUUCGCCACUGAAAGGAUUACCGUCAGUAAGGACUUUGGAUCAAAGAAUUGGUAUGGUGUGGAAAUAUUGGUAUCCAACGAGGAUUUCUACAUGGAUCAAGGUCCUCUCAUAUAUCCAAUCGUUUUAUCGCUAGGAAUGUUCAUUCGAAGAAGGACGAUGCAGAUCAAAAGACUCGCAUUUUCAGAUGAUGGACCGCGAUUGGAAGGAACGGAAUUGAAUCAGAAACAAUCUUUCAAAGAUAGCAGCAUCGGAGAAGGAGUGAAAUGCUGGAAGAGAAUACUGGAAAAACUCAACGCCAUAGUUAGUCGAUUCCGACAAGUUUGA